AUGUCUUUCGACUUGGUCUGCGUCGGAUUCGGCGUUACAGCCCUCUCGCUCGCCAUCACCCUGCACGAGCGAGGAGCACUGGACAACACGCUCUUCCUCGAAAGUCAACCUGCAUCAAAAUGGAAUCCGUGUUCGAGUUCAGCUGGUGGCCGGAUGAGGACUUCGUUCCUGAACGACCUGAUCACAUCAGAGAACCCGCGCUCCAGGUUCACGUUCCUGAAAUACCUCCAUGCGACCAACAGAUUGGCACUCUACGCGAAUAGUUCCCAGAUACAGCCUUCACGAGAGAUGUUUGCCGACUAUCUGCGCUGGUGCUCGGCGUCUUUCCAGAACAAUGUCAAUUUUGGCAAAAGGGUCACGGCUAUAUUCCCGGUGAGAGAAGACCAACAGCCCGUUCGAUCCUGGAAUGUGGUAUUCUCAGACUCGGUCACUGGGCAACAAGACUCGGUGACCACCAAGCAAGUCAUUUGUGCCGCUGGCUUACAGCCAUUUAUUCCCGCACCCCUCUCCAGCAUCAUGGACACUUCGCCCGAUGUGGUCCAUGCGACAGACUGCCUGCAGCGCAUCUCGUCGACUAUGCGCACGACGGGUGGCAAGUGUCACUUCGCCAUCAUUGGUGAUGGGCAAACUGCUGCCGAUGUCUUUGACCAUAUCCAUGGCAUCCGAGGUGAUCAUCAGGUGACUUGGUUCACGCAAGAUCCCGUUCUAAGAGGAACCGACGACAGCCCUUUCAUCAUGGACAAUACAAGGAAGCCGAGUUCUAAGGUGGGACAAGCGUUGCCUUUGGAACUAAGACGAAGAGCCAUUGGCGACGGUCUCUGUACAGAUUCUGUGUCGGCGAUUGACCGUCAUCUCUUGAUGAGCAUCUACGAGGUUCAGUAUGCACAAAGUGUCAAAGAAUCUGAUGCGAAUAAGUGGAAAUUCCAGGUCAAAUUCCAGCAUAAAUUGGUCGGGGCGGAAAAGGUAGCAAAUGGCAAAGUCCGACUGUCAUUCCAACGGCCUGAGUUUGAAGAACAACUAUUCGGAUGCAAUAUAUUCGACCUGGUCAUUGCCGCAACAGGCUACGAGAGGACUGAAUACAAGAAAAUCUUGGCUCCGUUGCUUGGUAUGCUUGACGGCCACCAAGUCACGGUGAACCGAGAUUAUCAGGUCAACUUCCGGACCGGAUCCUGCGGCGUAGGAUGCGGCUUGUGGCUACAAGGCGCAUUGGAAGGAGAAGAUGUGAGUUUUCGGUCCUUCAACCUCUUAGCUUGCUGA